UGAGUCACGACAGCAAAUCUCCGAAUGGCGAAUGGCCGGCAUUCCCGACUGCGUCCGCGCGGCCUAACCUUUCUUCUUCUCAUCUUUUCUCAUCAUCACCAUGGCUCCCGCUAAUCGAGAAAUGGGCGCCUCCACGCGCGCUCUUCAUGUCGACGAUGCCCUGAAUGUCGUCACGGAUGUGGCUCCGCCAAUUCACGUGGCCACUACUUUCCGCUAUUCCGACAACCCCGAUGACUUAGUGCCCUGGGCCGACCGCAGUGGGGAUCAGAAGGACAACACAGCUCACGUCUAUUCUCGGUUGACCGCCCCUAAUUAUACUCGGUUUGAAGCUAUCUUGUCUUCACUCCUCAAUGGAAAGGCCAUUAGCUACUCCUCGGGGUUGUCAGCUUUGCACGCGGCGCUAGUCCUGCUCAAACCCCGCCGGAUUGCCAUUGGAAACGGUUAUCACGGAUGCCAUGGCGUGAUUUCUCUGUUCAGUCGCCUCACUGGACUUCGGAAGCUAGACCUGGAUUGUCCUGCCGAGCAAUUGGAGGCUGGCGACGUGAUUCAUCUGGAAACUCCGGUCAAUCCCGAGGGUACCGCCUUCAAUAUCGAAGCGUAUGCUCAAAAGGCUCAUUCUCGUGGCGCAUACCUCAUUGUUGAUGGCACGUUCGCCCCGCCCUUCCUCCAAGACCCUUUCGAAUGGGGUGCCGAUUUGGUGAUGCACUCGGGGUCCAAGUAUUUUGGCGGACACAGUGAUGUUCUUUGCGGAGUUCUUGCCACACAGCGUGAGGAUUGGGCGAAACAGCUGCUUGAGGACCGGGUCUUCCUGGGCAGUGUGAUGGGAAAUAUGGAGAGCUGGUUAGGCGUUCGCAGCUUGCGGACUCUGGAAGUCCGAGUGCAGCGCCAGAGCCAGAACGCAACCAGUCUUGUAUCCUGGCUGAACGAUGCACUGCGUGCGCCCAGCCCCGCUCCGGAUAGCGACGAAUCUGUGGUUCAGCGUGCCCUUGAGCAGGUGUUCCACGCCAGCUUGCAGAAAGAGGACGAGUCUUGGCUGUUGAAGCAGAUGCCCAAUGGGUUCGGACCGGUCUUCUCGAUCACCAUGAAGACGGAGGAUUUUGCCCGGAAGCUCCCGAGCAAGCUGGCAUUCUUCCAGCAUGCCACCAGUCUUGGAGGAGUGGAAACGUUGAUCGAAUGGCGGACAAUGUCGGACGCGACUGUGGAUCGCCGGUUGCUGCGCAUCAGUGUCGGGUUGGAGAACUGGGAGGAUCUCCGGCAGGAUCUGGUGACCGCGUUCAAGGAAUUAGUCGAGGGUAAAUAAUGACUGAAUUGAACGAUCUCAUAGAUAUGACUUAGCACUUCAGAUGAUGUUAACAUCAGUAAUCUCUUGAUGUCCGCAUAAUACUACUGCUUAGUUGGGACGACAUUCUACUCCAUACCUACCAACUGGACAAUCCCACCGGCGCGGCACCACCACUCUUAUCAUCCACAUCCUUAUCAGCAGACCCCGCACGCCCGCCUUUGUUUUCUCCCUUGUAUCUUUCUCCCCUCCUCACUCCCACCCUCAAUAAAACCAACCAACCAACAAACAAUUUUUCCCAACUCCCUAAUAUUCU